AUGACACUGGCGGCUGGAUAGUCGGUAGAUUACUGGGCGGGGCUGGGACGCAGGCGGGACCCGUGGGGACGCGAGCCCUGGGCGCCUAGAUGCCCAGACAGAGGCGACCGCGGGCUCAGCUCGACCUCUCGGCACCCUUAGACCUGUGCACCCUGGCCGCCAGCCCUUGGCCCCCAGCCGGCCAUGCCCUCCCCCGCGCCUCCCACCGAGCUGCUGCCGUGGGAGCGCGCCGUGGUGCUGCUGUCGUGCGUGCUGUCAGCGCUGGGCUCGGGCCUCCUGGUGGCCACGCACGCCCUGUGGCCUGACCUGCGUAGCCGGGCGCGCCGCCUGCUACUCUUCCUGUCGCUAGCGGACCUGCUCUCGGCUGCCUCGUACUUCUAUGGGGUGCUGCAGGACUUUGCGGGCUCUUCGUGGGACUGCGUGCUUCAGGGCGCGCUCUCCACCUUCGCCAACACCAGCUCCUUCUUCUGGACCGUGGCCAUCGCCCUCUACCUGUACCUCAGCAUCGUCCGAGCUGCCCGCGGGCCCAGCACAGAACACCUACUCUGGGCUUUUCACCUCAUCAGCUGGGGUGUCCCCCUGGCCAUCACGGUGGCAGCCGUCUGUCUAAAGAAGAUAGGCUACGAUGCCUCAGAUGUGUCCGUGGGCUGGUGCUGGAUCAACCUGGAGGCUGAGGACCGUGUCAUGUGGAUGCUGCUGACUGGGAAGCUGUGGGAGAUGCUGGCUUACGUCUUGCUGCCUCUGCUCUACCUUCUGGUCAGGAAGCACAUUAACCGAGCGCACCAGGCACUCUCGGAGUACCGGCCCAUCUGCGAGGUGCGACAGCUGCAUCGAGGCUCCCCCGCCUCCACGGCUGACAAGAAGCUAAUCCUGAUCCCGCUGAUAUUCAUCUGCCUCCGGGUCUGGAGCACCGUGCGCUUCGUCCUGACCCUCUGCGGCUCCCCGGCCGUGCAGGCGCCUGUGCUGGUGGUUCUGCACGGCAUUGGGAACACCUUCCAGGGAGGAGCCAACUGCAUCAUGUUCGUCCUCUGCACCCGAGCAGUCCGCACAAGGCUCUUGUCCCUCUUCUGCUGCCGCCGCUGUCCUCAGCCCUCCACCCAGAACCCUCCCGGGGCGCCUACCCCCCCCAAGAUGAGAGACUCUCGGGAAUCCAGACGGAUCCCAGAAGGCCCCAGCACUUGAGCGGACACUUUCCUCACGGUUCUCUCCUUCCUGGUUCCUGCGGCCACCGGGUUACAGGGUCAUGCGCACUGGAAGCUCGGACGCCCGCGAAGGAGCAGUCAGUGCAGCCUCAUCUACCUCCUGGACUCUCGGGGUCGACGGUGCAUUCCCUGCACACCCGUGUCCUGGCUCAGUGGGGUUUGUUUGCGUAAGCCCAAAGAUUGGGACUCAGGGAAGCCAGCCAUGCUGGAACCUGUCAGGGCACUGGUUCUUAGUAUCCUGUGGCCACCAGCGCUGUUCACAGUUUGAGGGACCCAUGCCUGUGGACCCCUACCAGGCAUGACAUACAUCCCCACCCAGACGUCACAGUGUGGGGCCCAGGUAUGCCAGGGUAUUGAGAUUCCCUAGAGAGCCUGGAGUAUUUAAUCGCUGAACAGCAGAGGCGGGUCCCCUCAAAGCAGGUCCACUGAGGUCACAGGAGACUCCGUCACUGAUCCAAACCACCCAGGCAUGCACUCAUGGCAUCUCACGGAUUCUCUGCUUGGGCCUUCAGCCUCAAUAUUUAUUGCAUUUCAAUUUCAGCUCAGGUCGGUGUCCAGAGUCCUGCCCAUUGGUGAAUCUCUUAACAUUCGGGUCCCUUCCAGUACGGGGACAGAAGAGAGCCUGGCUCCAGCCCCUAAGGGCGACACACUGUCCCACCUGCUGUUCUCAUGGACUCCACCCCCCUGUUCUCAGCGAUGCCUCUAGGGGUGGAUUGGGAGUGUGUCUGGCUUUGCACUUUGUUUAGUUGUGUUUUGUUUGUUUUGUUUUUAGGAAAGGUAAUUAGGGAGUUGGUGAAUGGUCCCAAUACUGAUUCCUCCCAGAAGGGAUGUGUUUUGUGAUUCAGCCUUUGGCAGAGACGUAGCCUAGUGGUCAUUUCCAAGUUGGUCCCUGCACCAAAAUAUUUUAAAAGAUAUAGGAAGAGGAUUCUGAGAUGAUUACCUUUUAUUUUAUUGUUUGAGACAGGGUCUCGUUGUGUAGCCUUGGAUGGCCUGGAACUUGCUGUGUAGACCAGCCUGGCCUCUAACUCACAGAGAUUCACCUGCCUCUGCCUCCUGAUAAUUAUAUUUUUUAAAAAAGGCUUUGUUUUGUGCUUUCUGUACUAGGGCCUGUACCCAUCAAGCAAGUGCUCUGUUACUGGCUCUGCCCCAAGCCUCCCUUUUGUCUUUUGUUUUGAGACAGAGUCUCACUAAGUUGCCUAGUCUAUGAGCCAGGCUGGUCUUGGACUUGUGAUUUCCCUACCUCGACCUCCCAGGACACUAGGACUACAGCCUCAGGCCACCAUACCCAACCAGAGAAGGGUGUAAGUAAGCUGUGUGUCCAUUUCUACUCAGUGGCUCUCCUACCAACAUUUUCCUCAAUUCAGAGAGCAGUAUCUGCAGAGUCCUGGGCAGUGUGGCCGCCACUCGAGUCGGGGAAAUGUUCUACUGUACCUGCAGGUAGUGUCGUUGGAUUCUACCAAGCAGAGAGGAUUCAGAGCUCUCAGAAUCUCUACCAGGAAAGGAAUAGUAGCCCAGAGGGCUCCUUUUCUAAUUUCCUUGGAAAGCGUUUCUUCAGGAAAAUCUACAAGAGGUGAGCUCCCUUCUGGGAGUCAAAGAAAGCUCCUGGGCAGGGGGCUGCCUGUUUACAGAAACCGCCUAUGUAAGGGGCAUAGGGCAUGCUGGGGUCCUGUGAAGACAUUACAGCCAAUUUGUGCACUGUCAGCGUGCUGCCGGUAAUGAUCUCCUGGCUUCGAAAAUGGAGCAGAACUUCUAGGACUGUGUUUCCUGCAGAGGAGAAAAAGAUCCAUGAAGUACCGCGGAGGAAAUGGUGCUGGAACAGACCCAGCUGGGCAGGCCAUUAUGGAGCCCUGGCUGUUGGAGGUCCUGGAGCCUGGGGCUCACUCAAGCUCCCUCCUCGUGACGACUGAUGCCAGCCAUCGGCCGGGCUUGCUGUCUGUAAAACCCUCCACAAACCCACACUCUGCCUCUGCCCAUCUGUCUCCCACGCUGCCCUGCCGCUGCGGGCGAAUGGUGGUGACCCCAGGCUUGGUGCCUUGCCUCUGGCCCUUUGGCUCACAGACACCAUCCUCAGAUCCGGUGACCAAGGGCGUCGCUUGGGUUCUUAGAGUUCAGAACUGAAGAUGGAAGGAAGGUAGAGUCUUCAGUGCCCAGGCGGGGGCGCUAGAGGCUGCUGGCUCCACCAUGCCUUGCUCAGCCUGGUGGCUUUCUGUCUUUGAUAGUGUUAGUCACAUUUAUCUCUCCAUGCCCCUCUGUCACCCAAAGGUGACCUCAGCCUUAACCGGUUUUGCGGCCCUUGCCAUGUUUCCCGUCACCCUCCAACACUUUGUGACUCUUGCUCUCCUAAUCAGUUACCAGCUGCUUCCUGCCUCUGUCCAUCUGGGGCGGGGUUUUAUUUUGUUACACACACACACACUUUUUGGAGAUACCAGGGGAUUAAACCUUGGUCCCUGUGCUAGACAAAUGCUCUAGCAUUUACCUACUUCCCAGCCCUUGUAUUUUAUCUCUUAAGUUUUGAAGCAAGGGGUUCUCACUAGUUGUUCAGGCAGGCCUCGAACUUGAGAUCCUCCUGUCUCAGUUUCACUGUUUCUGGAACUACAGGUCUAUGCCACCAAACCCAGCCGACUCUCUGAAGCCUUUUAGUUCGGUCUUUCUGUCUCCUCCAAAAGAGUAGCGAAUAAAAGAUUAUUAUGUGUCCGAA